GUCCGGGAGCUGGCUGCUCUUCCUAAAGCUACUAUCUUGGAUUUGUCCUGUAACAACCUCAUUUCCUUGCCGUCAGACUUCUGCAGUUUGAUGCAUCUGGUGAAACUGGAUUUGAGUAAAAAUCGGCUUCAACAGCUGCCCUUGGACUUCGGACGCUUGGUCAACCUGCAGCACCUGGACCUCCUGAACAACCGUUUAGUCACUCUGCCAGUCAGCUUUGCACAGCUCAAGAACCUGAAGUGGCUGGAUCUGAAGGACAAUCCUCUGGAUCCUGUGCUGGCUAAAGUGGCAGGAGACUGUCUGGAUGAGAAGCAGUGCAAGCAGGCUGCUGUCAAGGUACUGCAGCACAUGAAAGCGAUCCAGUCCGAGCAGGAUCGACAACGGCAACGGAAGCUCCAAGCAGAGCGAGAAAUGGAGAAGAAGCGUGAGGCAGAGCAGCGAGCAAAGGAGGCUCAGGAGAGGGAGGUGCGGAAGCGGGAGAAGGCAGAGGAGAAGGAACGCAGAAGGCGCGAGUAUGACGCUCAGAAGGCUGCGAAACAGGAGGUGGAGAAGAAAACUAAAAAACAAACGGUGCAGAACCGAAAACCAGCCUCCAGCUCUCGUGCCUCUCAGCCCGCCCGGCACAAGCCCUCGUGGUCACGGUCGGUGCUGAGGGUCCUGCUCUUCGUGCUGUUCUGCAUCCUCUGUGCUCUGGCUGCCUGCAAGCUGACAGAGCUGCAGCGUCAGCCUCUGUGCAUCAGUGUGAACACCCUCUACGAGGACGUGGUGGCUGCCCUGCAGAACCACAAAACCCUCCAAAACAUGCUACAGCACAACUCGCAGCAGUGAUUGUCCUGGACGGGCACUUGCUUCGUCAGCAUCUCCUUCCACCAUCUACACAGCCAGAAUUCCUAUGGAAUUGUGUUCUGAUGAAACUGCUUGGAACCAGGUGGUUUGCUGGUCCACUCCACAGAGCAGAGUUAUUGUUCAGAUCAUCUUUGCUGUGCAUGUUUCGCAGUUGGCCUGUCACUCCCAUUAUUUGCGCACGUUAACCUAAACUUGUUAGCACUCCCUACUUCCAAGGGGUGUUCCCUGAGGUUAUGAGGUCCAGGAAGCUACCAGUCCAUAGGAGUGGGAAAAACCAGCCCUCAUGUUACUUGGGUAGCUGUAACUCUGAGCUGGAGGUGGAAGGUUUUUAAUCCAUGUCCAUUCCUUGCUCUCAUUUCUGUUCGUGCUAAAAUCAGUGAUAUGGCUGUAUGGGAACAACACACUAAGGCUCACUCCAGGACCAAUUACAGGCAUGUAGGAUGGCUGUGCAUCCAUGUGUUGGAGCGAAGAAGCUGAUGUGCUAUUGAAAGGAGCUGAAAAUUUUCAAUACAACAGUUUUCACAGCAA